AUGCACAGGUUUGGCAGCGACUUUGAUGAGAAAAUGUCCGAUGACCAGAUCCGCACCAUCUGCGCUGGCUUGCUCAAGGAGGAGGUGGCGGCAUUGCAGGUUCAGUUCGAGUCCAUGGUCUCGUCCACGGUCACCACAGUCCAGACCGAAGCAAAGUCUAUCACGGAUGCGUUCACGAAGAACUUUGAAGAGUGCCUCAAGAAGCCAGCCGUGUCAAUGAACAUGAUGAGCUACUUGCACAGAUGGCUGCACCUGGUGGUGGCCAACUCGCAGUCGUCGCGUCCUGUUCAAGUUCAAUCUACACAGUUCGACAGAGAAACGGACGGCACGAUCGCACGGGUGGCAGCUGGGCAAUUGGUCUCUCACGCAGGUACAUUUGCCGCACUCACGCCUCGGUUGUCCGAGUUUGGCCUCGACGCUGAGAAGUACGAGCUCCAGCCCCCCGACCCUCUCUCCAAGCAGUUCGUUUUCAAAUUCACGGGGGCCGCUGGCCUCGCUGCCCACCGCGCGGGCAAGGUCAAGCUCGAGAUCCUCGGCCGCAAAACGAAGAUGGCGCUGCAGACGGAACUGCGGGGCCACAAAGCCUUCUUCGAUCGCGAUCGCGGCUGGAUCUCCAUCGGCCGGGACGCACUAGGCAAGAUCGAGCCGAAGCAAGGCAAGGGGAAAGCCGACAUCAUGUGGAACUAA